AUGACUCCUCACGCCAUUCACCCGCUCAGACGCGUUCGCCAGCAAACGCGGGUGCAGCAUGACAUACCCAAUGCAGUGGACCAGGUCGACAGACGCACGCCGGCGUGGGCUGCGUACACUAUCAAGGCCGAACACUGCCUAUCGUUGGAACAACAUGUCAUUUGCACGGGCAGCGGUGGACAGUCGGUGCUUGAGAUUACGUUUGGGCCGCCAUCGGAGGGCAUGAUAGCGGACGGCGAGGUCGAUCCCGUCGGCGCGUAUACACUCUAG